CUGGCUCGCACCGGCACCGACGCAGCGCAUUCUCAGAGGCUAUUAUCUGGCUAGAUCCUCCACACUUACCCUUAGCUUUCUUGUCUUAUUUUUCUACCUGCUUCCCAGGUUCUCGAUUCUCUUUAUACAUCCUAUAUAAAGAAUAACACUACUUAUACCCUUAACCCCCCUUUUCCCCGUCGCUAACAUCCCUACUCUACUGCCGAACCUAUUCCUCUUUCCCUUGACGGAUCACUCUUCGGGUAAUAAUAACACACUUGUAGAACCCCCUUCUAGACCACUUAAGAACCAUGUCUAUCCCAAAAUACGACCACGAACCGCUCACCGCCGCGCUCUUCCCGCUCUUCCUAUUCGGGGUCGUGUUCGUGCUGGCGAUGGUAGCGCUACUCGCCGGCCCUGGGCCGCGGCAGCGGUCGGCGGAGAGCUACCACCUGCUCGCGGUGCGUCUCCCCCCGGGCCCAGGCCCGCGUUUCCAGGUCCCGCGCCGGCUAGCGCAGCCGCGGAUCGACAUGCCGAGUUUUGAGCGAGACUUAUUAGCGCUCACGCCGACGUCCGCCUCCGCCGGCGACGGCGCGUUCGGGGGGUGGGGAGACGUCCGGAUCGGGCCCGACGCCGCCGACGGUCUGGCGCGCGAGCUCCGGCUCACGCGGUGGUAUUACAGCGUCCGCGUCCUGACGGCGUGCGAGGGCGCCUGGUACUGCACGACGAACUGCACGACGCUCAUCCACUACAACCAGACCACUACACUACAGCACGCACCCGACCGCAUCCCCGGGCCCCCGUGGGCAGCCGCCGCGGCGCACGUUCCCCAGCGCUGGCGCUGGCGCUGA